AUGGCAGCGAUGAAGUGCAUCUUGGGUCUCCUGGCCCUGCUGGCAGUCACAGCCUGGACCGAGGCGGGGGUUCUGAACAGCGACAGUAACGAUGAAGGCGACCUGACCGUCACCGAGCAGCUGGAGCAAGCCAACAAAGAUCUGGACCGUCACCGUGAUGGUGUCGAGAUAAACGGUGACAUCGCCGUAUCCCCUCGGUCAAACCUGAGGAACGCCGACCCCUGCGUCCGGAACGGUUGCAAGUGGCCUAAAGCCACCGAUGGAAAGGUCUAUGUUCCCUAUUACAUCGCUAACCAGUACUCCGCUAAUGAGCUGGACGUCAUCAAAAGAGGCAUCAACUCCUUCGCCUUCAAAACCUGCAUUCGCUUCUACCCCCGCACCAACGAGAGGGACUUCCUCUACAUCCAGUCUCUGGACGGAUGCUACUCCUUCGUGGGUCGCCAAGGCAACGCCCAGACCGUGUCUUUGAGCCGCCAAGGCUGCAUUUACUACGGGACUGUCCAGCACGAGCUGCUCCAUGCCCUGGGCUUCAACCAUGAGCAGUGUCGCUCCGACAGGGACCAGCACAUCCAGGUCAUAACGAGGAACAUCAUCAAAGGUCAGGCAUACAACUUCGACAAGAUCAACACUCUGAACCAGGGGACGCCAUACGACUACGACUCGGUCAUGCACUACGGCAGGCUGGCUUUCUCCAAGGACAACAUCAACCCCACCAUGAGGGCGAUUCCAAACCCCAACGCCGUGUUUGGCACGGCCAAGCAGAUGAGCCAGAACGACAUCAACCGCAUCAACCUGCUGUACUGCAGGAACUAGUCCUCCAGUCCAGAACGAGUCACACUGCAGUUUCUUUGACCAGCAUUCAUCUAUCUACUAAUGUCAACAUCAUGCUGUAACAGCACAUUGGGAUGAAUUAUUAUUAAUUGUUAAUAAUUCCCGUGACUGAUGC